AAAUUCCCAAAUUCAUCACCGAACGCUUCAAUUCACAGAAACCCUAGAAAUUAUAGUACUGUAGAAAUGAGAAGAAGACCAGGAAUUGGAGGACUGCAAUCAGCUGUCGCUGCUAGGGAUCAAUAUCGAUUGCUAGGAGAAAAUGUAGCGAAGCUGAGGACUGAUCUCAUGAAGGAGCAGCUCGCCACUUUCCGCUCCCAGCUUGAAGAAUUCGCCCGAAAACACAAGAAUGACAUUCGCAAGAACCCAGCAUUCAGGUCACAGUUCCAUGAGAUGUGCGCUAAAGUGGGAGUGGACCCUUUGGCCUCAAAUAAGGGUUUCUGGGCAGAGCUGUUAGGGAUUGGUGACUUCUAUUACGAACUUGGGGUACAAAUUGUUGAGAUUUGCUUGGCAACUAGGCCCCACAAUGGAGGCUUGAUCAACUUACAGGAAUUGUGCAAUCUACUUCGUCAGAAGCGGAAGCACGAUCGUGAAGCUGUGUCUGAGGAUGAUUGCUUGCGAGCUAUAAGUAAGCUAAAGGUAAUGGGCAGUGGGUUUGAGGUGAUUACUGCUGGAAAGAAGAAGCUUGUUAGAUCUGUUCCAACUGAAUUGAAGAAAGACCACAAUGAAAUUUUGGAGCUGGCUCAGGCCCAGGGCUUUGUAACAGUCAAUGAGGUAGAACAACGGCUUUCCUGGACUCAUGGUCGUGCUAUCGAUGCCCUUGAUACCUUAUUAGAAGAAGGUCUUGCAAUGAUUGAUGAUGGCCACAGAGAUGGUAAACGCCGUUAUUGGUUCCCUUGUGUAUCUUCCGUCUCCUCAGUAGGCGCUGAUAGUUAAAGAUUAAUUCUUCUGUGAUACAAUAUUAUCAUUGUUUUCUACAACUGUUUGAUGAGAACAGAACAACAUAAAGACAUGGGAAAUUUUAAUUAAUUUCUCCUGGUUCAACUUUGAUAUGUUAAAAUGUUGGUGAGCAAUAAAUGUAUAUUCAUAUU